GUCUCUCAGUUUCUCAUCGGCUCUCUCACCACAACUCGUUUGCUCGCCAUUAUCAUCUCUGACUCGGCCGUCUCGGCCACAGUCGAGUGUUGCUGGGACAGCAGCCAAGGUCGGAUCUCGCUGCUAGACGCGAUGGAACUCCACAAGCAUCUCGCCUUGUUUCUUUUCGUCUUGAGUCUCGAUUUAUCAUCAUCAGUCUCCCGGAAUGAUUUCUCGCUGACGAGAUCGGGUUACGCCAUUAGAACGCAGCAGGUCGGUCGACGACGACGAGGAGAGGCUGAUCGACAGGGCACGGUCGUUACAGACACGCAGAGUAACUGUUGUGAUGGGAGAGUGACCGUGUUGAAUGGCUAUCCGUCGUCGGAUCGGGCGCAUGUCGAGUUUAGGAGACACUCGUUUACAAUCAAGUAUGGAGAAUUUGCUACCGCGACGUUUCGUCUCUCGGAAAGAGAGAGUUUCGUUGUGCGUGUCGGAAAUUUGUCAGGUCACAGUGAUGUUGGUUAUCCUCUACCAUCUUAUUGCCACCUUUAUGUGGUUGUGUCUAGUCUGGCAGACAGGCGGAUCAAUAUCGAGCAUACUGUUUGGAAUGAGAGAGAGAAGGUUGAGGAUGGUAGAUUUUCGUUGGUGACGCAUAAUGGUUUGAGCGUUAUUGGAUUUCAUGUUAUUGCUUUCGAACCGUUGAAAGUUGGUACGAAUCGGCACAGUUUGCAUUUGGUUGCAAAUUUUACUACGACUGAUGUUCCACACGAGGCUGUCUUGGAUUCUGGGACGUAUGAAGUGAAGGUGGUUCGGUCUUUCUCAGUCAUGAACAUUGAUGAUUUUAAGAAUGAAAAAUCAAUUAGUACUCCUGUGUAUAUUACUUUUGAAUCUGGAAAGAGAUAUUUUGGAAGUGUUAUUGGAAAUGUGUCUAAUCAAAGUUGGUAUCCAGUGGAGUUCAAGAUGUAUCCAAAGCCAAUAAAACCAUCCCAUCCAAAGCCCACUCCCCCCACUAAAGUGCUACUACUAAAUGCUUAUCCACUGUCAGUGGAAACAGUAUCUUUGGAGCUAGAGCAGUAUGCUUUUCAACCUGUGAAAUAUCUUAACGGAACGAGAGGGACACUCUACUUGAAGAAGGGCGACAUGUAUCAGAUAGGAGUGGGCGAUAAUGAGCCGAAACUUAUAUACUAUGUGGAUCAAGUAGUUCCUUAUGUGAAUGGUACUUGUGUGAUUAUUGUGGACAGUGGAUAUGAUGGACAGGUGGAGCAUUUGAUGCACUGUGUGAACAGCUAUGAGAAAUACAAAGAAGGGUUGUCAUGGAUAUUUACUUAUAAUACUUUGAGAAAAUGCAGUUCACAAAUUGAUGUUAUCAUGUUGGGGGCGGCAUCAGAUUUGGUAUGUGAGAGCUGUUGCAAUCGAUUCUUUGCAGUAGCUCAUGAUUUGGAGUAUGGUUUUGUAAUGGAGGGUCAUGUUGAUCCCGGUGAUUACAAACUAAAGGCCUUUGAAGCAGGUUCAGUACAUUCAGUCAUGCUAUUCCAAAAUUUGAACUCAAUUGUGGAAGAAUCAGUGAUCCGUCUGUUGCCCGAGAUGUAUGUCACUGUGGCAGCUGGUAUUUGUGGGAACGACACCUUUCCACCAACUUUCUUCAGUUUCCCAACGAUGCUAGGCCAUGCACCAACAGGCAAGCAAGUAAGGUUUAGCAGUAUUACCAAGUGUACCAAGCAUGAAAUAAUGGACGAAACAACAGUAAUGCCUGACAAUGGAGGCAGUGUGUCUACUGAUCGGUCUAAAGAAUUAUCUGAAAACAAGUCUAAAAAUCCCGAUAGAGACGAAGUUCAAUAUGAAAACAAAUAUCGUGGAAACACAGCUAGGAGCAGUCCAAGUUUCGCACCUCUCACACUGUUCAUAGUUCUGACUUUAUCCGGGACCUUGCUAUUACUAGAGAUGAUUUAGCUUUAUGCUCCGUGCUGUAUAGAGACGAUGAGAGGAGCGGGAGGAUGUAUUUGAAAGAGUAGAGAGAACAAAUGUAAUAAAUGCAUGGAUAUUGGUUAGUUAA